AAACAUGGCAGAAUGGCAAGUGGCGCCAGGUUGCUUGACGUAUUGCACGCUAGAGGAGAGAAAAGCAGACGGGAAAAUACUUUAUUACGAAAUAUUUAAGUGGAAAAUGAAGCAUGCUCCUAGCAAAAUUCACCAUUUUUCUGACGCUUCUUUAGACGAGCAAAUGAGAAGGGAUUUAAACUCCUGGAUCAGAAACAUAGAUGAGAGGACUUCAUGCCAAAGACUACAGAUCUUAUUUUCAUUUUCCAUCCCUUGUCAUGAGGCUCUUGAACAUAUAAUGAAAUUAAAAGUUCCCAUCAUCUCUGCAGGUGCUGGAAAUGGUUAUUGGGAGUUUCUACUCCAACAGCGAGGAGCAGACAUCGUGGCUUUUGAUCAAAACACUGUGUAUCCGACAGAUAUGAGAUACACAGAGAUCAUGGAAGGUGACCCAAGUAUUUUAUGUGAUUAUAAAGACAGAGCUUUACUGUUGAGCUGGCCUGAUCAUGCAGAGGAUUGUUCAUUUUCACUGGACUGUCUGAAAUACUACAGCGGAAAAACUAUCAUUCACAUCGGCAAACUCUUUGGCGAAACACUCUCCUCAAAUCCCUGGGGUCAAACUACCUCACGUGCUUUCCAACUUCGACUCGGGGAAACUUUUCGCUGCGUGUCACGUGUUCAGCUUCCAAACUGGCCUGGUCACAUGGAUUCAUUAACAGUUUGGUCACGUGCUCCAGAUGUCGUUGACUGUGACGGAGCUGAUAUGGUGUUUAUUCCUUUGGAGAACACGAGAUACUUUGGGUGGAGUGGCAAUUGAUGAUAUUUGCACUUCCUCAUUACUAGAUUGCACGCCCCUGCUCAUCAUCUGGCUACGAAUUCAUAAAAAUAUGGAAAGAGUUUUCUAGCACUGGACUUCACAGAGGCCUUGUCAAUAAAAUGUGUGGUCUCGGACAUAGUUUGAUGCUACUCUGGUUUAAAGAUUUAAUGAAUGUAACCGAAGAAGUUACAAUUCAUAGACCCAACAUUGUGGUCUCAUUAUGGCAGUGGUGGUAAACAAACAAGAAUGGAAGGAAGUUUAGAACUCGAAGCGUUGGCACUGUUAUGGGCGAUGAGUGAUUUACAUGACGAAGAUUUGUUAUUAUUUCGUAAGAAGAUGUAAAUUAUUUUCUCACGAAAAGGAUGUUGACAAACCCGUUUCAGAAAAAAAACGUAGUAAAGGAAGACAACAGAGCCGGUAAAUCUUUAUCGGAUUCUUUAUUAGCUCUAACCUAAAAAAAUUAAAAUUACUGUAGCAGAGAGGGCGUGUCACAAGAAUUUGCGGAUGUAAACAUUUUUCCAUGUCCUCAAAAAACUGAUUGAUCAGUCCACGACAGGGGAACUAAUUGUGCACACUUUUUGUCUCAGCUUCGUGAAGCUGAGAAGCGGCCAAAAUGAGCAGGUGUUAUUGUUAAUACUGAUUCAGACUUGCAUAACCAAUAACGCUAGUGAUUAAAACUAUAGUUCAGACUAUCAAAA